AUGGGAUCUCUCUCUUCGGUCCUUCCUGGCAAUGUGAUGAUCAAGAUCCUGGCACCAUUGCCGGCGGAAGGCUUAUACAGGCUGAAGAUGGUGUCAUCAUCGUGGGAGGAGCUUAUAUCCUCCUCAUUUUUUGGCCGAAUCCAUUCCCUCACCCUCCAUUCGCCUGUGGCUCUGUUUGUUACCUAUAGCCGUGCUUCAAUCCCUGAUAAACUUGCUUCUCACAUGUACUUGGUAUGCGAUGUCGAUUUCGCUGAUCCUUUCAGCUACAGAAUCGCAGCUUUUCAGCCAGAAAAAAGUUCACGGAUAUCCUCAAGCAAUGGAAUCCUGUGCUACCAUGGCUGCAAUACCACCGACUUUGUCCUCGGGAACCCUCUACUUCGAAAAAAAGUGGCCACUAUACCAGAUCCUAUUGCAGGUCUAUCUCAUUUGUCUAAUGUUUUUGGGUUCCAUUUCGACCCCAUUACUCGGAAUUUCAAGAUCUUGGCAUGUUUCUAUAGCAUAAGAUACGCUUCGUUCGCUUCUAUGGUUUUGUUCAAUUCUACGACGUGGAGUUGGAGAACACUUCGAAAGCAGCCACCAGUUCGAUGUGUCAGAGUAAUCAAGAGUAUUGGCUCAACCUGCUAUAUACUUUCUGGCAAUGGUUUAUAA